AUGGUUCUCUCACCUACCACAAUGUCUUUCAUCAGCAAUCUAUCGCCCCAGCAGGCGCAAACGCUUUUGCAACAAGUGCAAACGCAGGAUCUUUCUAUGCCUCGUGAAGCUUCGUCUCUUACUGUGACAAAGAAAAAGGACAAAGCGAAGCAGUCCGAUGUCACAGUCCAUAUAGCUGACAAAAAAUUAGUCUUCGUGUCUGAAGCAUUCCCAGAACAUACCCAGAAAGCCCGGUCAGGCUGGUUGACCCGACUUUGGGCAGUCGAUGAUCAGAAGAUGUGGUAUGCUAUCGCAAAAUCGUAUUCUAUGAUCCGCGACGCCCAAGGCAAAGACCUCUCGCCACUGCGCAAUUUUCUCAAAAUUAUCACCACUUUGGUUCGCCUUCCAGAACCGAGUGCAUACGUCACUGGUCUAGGAUAUGAAUUCGACCACGACGAUCAGGAACUCAAACAGGUGGCGUCUAACACACUUCGUCAUUGUGGACUUCGGACUCGAGUGACGAUUCAAGAACUCCUUGAUGAAGCUUUUCAUCAAGGGUAUACUGCAAUAGAACUGCCCUGUAUCGUCGACUCAACCAACAAUCUGUGUGCGGGCAUAAUGCUGGGGUUGAGCCAUCCUGGAGCUCGCCCAUCCUCUUCAGAUGCUACCGGAAGCCAAACGAUUGAGGCUCAAGCCGCACCCGAGAUCCCAAGAAUUGCUUCCGUGGACAACGCAUCUCAGUCUCCUGUCAACAAAUCAAAUACGAGUGAUUUGUCAAAGCAAGCGACAAAGAAGUCAAUGAAGAAGCGUCCCAAGUAUGAAUUCUCCCUACUACCAAAUUCUGGCGUUCGUGGAACAAGUCAUGGCCGCAUCAAUCAAGCUAUGAACAGCACGAACUUAUCACCCUACUCUGUCAGUCAGCGACAACAUCGGCCCCGAGUUCAGCCCGCUGCGUGUACCUCGCCAACAGACGCGAAUCGCAUGUUCGAUCCUGCGUUUUGGUUGAACAACGAGCAAUGCAACGGCACCGACAUUGGAGGCAUUUACAACCCGUUUGAAAACGAUCCGUUCAAUGCCCAUCAAAUGAGUGAUUUCAUAUACGACGGGCCGGAUGCCACCUUUGGCUCGAUCUCGGGCGAGUGGACCUUCAAACUUUGA